AUUUCGGUGAGUAUAAAUACGAGGCAUUUCACUUAGAAGCUAUCAGUCGUAAAAGUCGUGAAGUAAAAAAUGAAAUUCUACGUUUUUCUAAUUGCCCUGUUUGGCUUGGUGUUUGCCGAAGUCAAAUCAAUAUCUCGUGAAGAAGUCACAAAGCACCGCUUGGGAUGCUUGAUUCAAAACCCCAAUGCCAGUGAAUACUUUGUAAAAAUUUUAAAUUUCGAGUACCCGGAUGUACCAGAGGUAAACGCAUAUAUGGAUUGUGUGGCAGAGAAAUUGGGUUUAGUGGACCUCAAAACUAACCAAAUUAAUGUGGAUGGAGUGGCCGCAUUUUUCUCCGUGGACCCAAAUAAUGCUGAAGAUAUGGAUAUUAUUAAGAAUUGUGUUGUUAAACCCGAGGAGGAAGGCUUACAUGUACGUAGCAAAUGCUUGUGUUUAUUGAAUACGAAGCUUCGAGACAAUCUGAAGAAAUAUCUCGUGGAAGCAUGAUUAUAAUCACAAUGAUUAUUAAUAACGAAUGACUAUCGUUCUUAAAUUCCAUACGAAAACUACUUAAAAUUUUUUAUCAUUAAUUAAAAUGUGGACCAUCUUUGAGUUGUUGUAUUUCGUAUUAAAAUAAAUGAUUUUACAGCGCAAGCAAUUAGA